UAAUAAAUCUCUGUAAUAUUCUUUUUAUAUUUUAUUCUGUUAUGUCUUUUUAAUAUUGAUUUUUUACUAAUACCACACACGUGAACAAAACACGUGGUCUUGUGGCAUUUAAAUAAAUAAAGAAUUUAAUUGACACAUAAACAAGUAAAUAAUAACAAUGUUGUACAUGAUCGGUUUAGGGUUAGGUGAUGCUAAAGAUAUUACUGUUAAAGGUCUUGAAAUAAUAAAAAAAUGUAGUCGUGUUUAUUUGGAAUCCUAUACAUCAAUUCUAUCUGUCAAUCAAAAAACUUUGGAAGAUUUUUAUGGUUGUUCUUUGAUCAUCGCAGACCGUGAUUUAGUAGAAAGUGAUGCAGAUUCAAUACUAUCAAAUGUGGAGAACGAAGAAAUUGCAUUCUUAGUUGUUGGAGACCCAUUUGGUGCAACAACCCAUACAGAUUUGGUAUUACGUGCACAAGAGAAAGGUGCUAAGGUACAAGUAAUUCACAAUGCAUCAAUUUUAAGUGCCAUAGGUUGUUGUGGUUUACAAUUAUAUUCAUUUGGAGAAACCGUAUCUAUUCCAUAUUGGACAGAAACAUGGCAACCUGAUAGUUUCUAUGAUAAAAUUGCUUCUAACAGAGAAAGAGGAUUGCAUACGUUGUGUCUGUUAGAUAUCAAAGUAAAAGAACCUACAUUGGAAAGUAUUUUAAGUAAAAAGAAAGUAUACAUGCCACCAAAAUUUAUGAGCGUUGCUGAAGCAUCUGAUCAGUUAAUUUCCAUCUUAGAAAAAAAGAGGAAGGAUACCGAUAAAAAUUUAGCUUUUACAGAACACAGUUUAGUUGUUGGAUUAGCUAGAAUUGGAUCGGAAGAUCAGAAUAUAAUUUCCUGUUCGUUGCAAGAAAUGAAAGAAAUCGAUCUUGGAAAACCUUUACAUUCUUUAAUCAUUCCAGCUGAGAAACUACAUCCUCUUGAAAUGAAUUUCUUAAGACAAUAUGCUAUUGAUAAGAUUAAAUUUGACGAGUGUGUAGCACACUAAAUGUAUUAUUAUUAAAAGUUAAUAAAAUAUUUAUAUAU